AUGGCUGAAAGUAAAGGCAAUGGAGGCAAAGUUAUAGAGAAGAGCGCAGCUCAAAAAGUGACCAAAUUCGGUUCUUUCGUUGCCGGAGGUUUAGCAGCAUGUAUUGCCGUCACUGUAACGAACCCAAUUGAGUUGGUCAAGAUCAGAAUGCAACUGCAGGGCGAGCUGUCUUCAAGCGUGCAAAGAAUUUACAAGAAUCCAUUACAAGGAAUGGCAGUGAUCUUCAAAAAUGAGGGUAUCAGAGGUCUCCAGAAAGGUCUGGUAGCGGCGUACAUCUACCAGAUAUGUUUAAAUGGCUCUAGGCUGGGAUUUUACGAACCUAUGAGAGGGUUCCUGAACAAGACAUUCUAUCCGGAAGAAGAACCACACAAGGUUCAAAACGCUACGAUUAACGUCGUGUCUGGUGCCGCUUCAGGAAUCAUUGGUGCCGUUCUCGGUUCCCCCCUCUUCCUGGUCAAGACGAGACUGCAAUCAUACUCGGAAUUCAUCAAAAUCGGUGAGCAGACCCACUACACAGGUGUCUGGAACGGCCUGAGGACGAUCUACGCCAAGGAAGGUUUCAAAGGCCUGUACCGCGGCGUGGACGCUGCCAUCCUCAGAACAGGUGCUGGUUCAUCCGUGCAAUUGCCCAUCUACAACACCGCAAAGCAUUUCUUGCUAAACAACGAUCUGAUGAAAGAUGGCACUGCGCUGCAUCUGACAGCUAGUACGAUCUCCGGUAUCGGGGUCGCGGUGGUCAUGAACCCAUGGGAUGUGAUCCUGACCAGAAUUUACAACCAGAAAGGUAACCUGUACAAGGGACCGCUGGAUUGUUUCAUCAAAACCGUCAGAAUCGAGGGUGUCUCUGCCCUCUACAAGGGAUUCGAGGCUCAAGUGUUCAGAAUCGCCCCCCACACGAUCAUAUGCCUAACCUUCAUGGAGCAAACCAUGAAGCUGGUCUACAACAUAGAGAAGAGAGUCCUGGGCCACUGA